AGCACAACCUUAACAGUCUCAAUAAUUACAAGUUGAGAUUUUGAAUUCAAAGAAAUCAAUAAUGGAAAGCUUAAUCUUAUAUUUCUUUGGGCUCUCUUCAUUGCUGUUUCUGGUGUACGGAGUUGCCAGAAUUUCCUACUGCAUUUGGUGGAAACCCAAAUGGCUGGAGUGGCAGAUAAAGCGGCAGGGAGUUGCAGGAAAUUCCUACAAGCUGCUGAUUGGGGACAUGAAAGAGUUUAUAAAGCUUAUAACUGAAGCAUGGUCCAAACCUAUUCAUCUAAACCACCAGAUUGUUCAGCGAGUCGAUCCGUUCACUCUAAACAAUGUCCAAAAAUAUGGGAAUAUAUCACUAUAUUGGAAUGGGACAAGCCCCAGGCUGAUCAUCAAGGAUCCAGAAUUGAUGAAAGAGGAGUUGUCUAACAAGCAAGGCCACUUUCACAAACCACCAGUGAAUGCUCUUAUUCUCAUUCUAGCAAGAGGAUUGACCAGUUUAGAGGGUGAAAAGUGGGCCAAACGUAGAAGGAUACUCAAUCCUGCCUUUCACCUUGAGAAAUUGAAGGCAAUGAUUCCAGAAUUUGUAACCAGCUCUAGCAAGAUGAUCGAACAAUGGAAGAAGAUGGUUGGUGAUGAAGUUAGCUGUGAAUUAGAUAUCUGGCCCGAACUUCAGAAACUUACUGCAGAUGCUGUUUCUCGGGCGGCUUUUGGGAGCAACUAUGAACAAGGGAAAAAAAUCUUUCAACAGCAAAAGGAGCUUUUACAACUAACGAUUGAAGCCAUGCAGACACUAUACAUUCCUGGUUUCAGAUUUGUUCCAACAAAGAAGAAUCGGAGGAGAAAGAAAUUGGACAAAGAGAUCACAACAAUGCUAAGAAAUAUAAUUCAGGGAAAAGAAAAUGCAAUGAAAACCGGAGAAUCCAGGGUCGACGACUUGGUGGGUCUGCUUCUGCAAUGUAAUAACCAAAACAUUCUACAAGAAAAUUCAAGUAGCACAACAAUUACUGGGAUGACAAUUGAAGAAGUGAUAGAGGAAUGCAAGCUUUUCUACAUUGCUGGCCAAGAAACGACCUCCAGCUGGCUAACAUGGGCAAUGAUAAUCUUGGCUAUGCACCCGAACUGGCAAGAGAAAGCAAGGCAAGAAGUUUUACAAGCUUGUCAUCAGAAGGAACCUAACUUUGAAGCUAUAGCUAACCUGAAGAUUGUUACCAUGAUACUUUAUGAAGUCUUGAGGCUGUAUCCACCAGUAAUUGCUCAGUAUCAACACACCAAUGAGAAAACCAAGAUAGGAGAAAUCUCUCUUCCUGCUGGGGUAGAUAUAACUCUACCUACACUUCUCAUUCAUCAUGAUCCUGAGCUUUGGGGUGAUGAUGCAGAUGAAUUCAAACCAGAGAGAUUCACUGAAGGUAUUGCCAAGGCGUCUAAGGGUCAAACGGCAUUCUUUCCUUUCGGAUGGGGACCACGGACUUGUAUUGGCCAAAAUUUCGCCCUGCUAGAAGCGAAGGUGGCUUUAGCUAUGAUUCUGCAAAAUUUCUCAUUCGAGCUCUCAGCUUCCUACUCUCAUGCUCCUUAUACUGUUAUGACUCUUCAACCACAACAUGGAGCUCAAAUCACUUUGCACAAACUCUAAAGCUGCAAGCUUAGCCUAAAGGUAGAAGACUAUAUAAAUAAUGUGACAGAAUCACAAAAGAAUAAAAAAUAAAAGAUCUGUUGUGUGUUUUAUUUCUGAGGAAUGUUAUGUGUGAUGUACUGCUUUACUGGGAAACAAUAUAAUGAUCCAUAGAACCUGUUGGAAAUUUAGUAGUCUAGUGAUGUUACAUCGAAAGUGCUUAUUUAACGUAUGAACCUGACAACUCCUAUGUAUUUCCUCCCAUGGGUUGAAGCUGUGAUUAUUUAAAGAGAACCACAAC